AUGAGUGAGAAGGAUGGCGGGAAUACCGUCUUCAUUAACAAGCUAUAUGACCUGCUUGAAAACAAAGACCUGGAUGAUUUGAUAUGGUGGGCCGCUAAUGGCGAAUCAUUUCUAAUAAGGCCUAGCGAGUCCUUUUCACAGAACUUGGCACAUUACUUUAAACACACAAAUAUCACAAGUUUUGUAAGACAGCUAAAUAUUUAUGGAUUCCACAAGAUAUCCAAUGACCAUUUCCACAAUUUGAAAAGGGAAAAAAAACAAAAAUCGUCAACGGAUAAUAAUACAGGCGUUAGCAACAAUAAUAGCGGAGAUGAAAACAUCAAAGUUUGGGAAUUCAAACAUAGUGGCGGGCUAUUCAAGAAAGGAGAUUUGGAAAAUCUGAAACUUAUCAAAAGAAGGUCAUCAUCGAGAACCAUACCCAGCUUAAGCUUGGCAAGUUCAAAUACUAAUACAUCUACUCUAGAAACGAAUGAUGGAGCUGAAAUCGAUAAUGUCAAGGUAAUAGCGAGUGCUGUACAUAACGCAACUGAACAUCUAAAGAAGAAGGAUAAAGUGAAAAAAGAAGGAAAGAAAUCAAGUAAGAAAUCUACAAAAUUGAAAAACGAACCCACCGUUGACAUAUCUAAUACGGAGACUACAUCUGCUGCUAUUACCAACGAAUCGGAACAGUCAUCAAAUAAAAGAGCGACUAGAGUUUACAAAAGUGUGGGCACUAUAUCUAACCAAGAUUCUAAAAACCCUGAGAAACUCACAAAGAAGCCAAAGAAGAAUAGCAAUUUAAAGAAUAAAGGCAAAAAGUCUAAAAGCAAUAGCGUAGACGGACAAUCUAUAGAUAAUAUUCAACCCAAUGAAAACCAACCUAUUAAUAUUCAGGUUAAUACCACCGAAAUACCCACAGAUAAUACUUUACAUCAUUAUAACGAAACGCUAUAUGAACAAUCCAUCCAACUCAAUCAUCAAAUAGCACAGAUGAGAAACACCAACAUGGACAUGCUAGCCAUUCUUGAACUAAUGUCAAAAUUAGCAGAAAUGAAUAAAGAAGUUCUAAAUAUCAAUAAUUCAGAGAAGAUUCCUGAGUUGAUGGCAAACCACUAUCGCUUCUUUGACGCUCAACUAACUUCAUUAAAAAACAAUAUCCUCGAUAGAAUAAAUAAUACAAACAUCCACAAAUUUGGAAUGGAUUCUAAUGAUCUACGCUCAGCGUCACAAACUAAUAUUCAUUUAAGUCACCCAAUAGCACAAAAUAUGGUAUAUUCUUCUGCUGAUCAAGCAAUUCCAAAAUCUGUGCCUUAUUAUUUAAAACAAGGACAGCGAACAAGCCCCGAUAAUGGUACUACGACUCCUGCUGGUGCUCAGAACUAUUCAAAAAACCAAGUUGUUCAACAUCCUCAAGCUGCCAAUGACUACUUUAGUUCAGUCCAUGUACAAACUGCAAAUCCAUUUGAAAAAUUCCAGACUGAAAAAAAUGGUAUAAUUAAUGUGACAGCAAGAAGGCAUAUGAGUGUAUUGGUCGAUCCUUUAACACCAGCAUCAAUGAUGUCAGUUCCAACUACCACUCAGUCAAGCUUAUCCGGUCCUUCAUUAUAUAAUCAACAACACGCUAUCAUAUUUCCUCAUGAUUUGAACCAGGCCUUCAAUUCAAGAAGUGAGCCUACUAUAACACCUAUAACUGGUCAUCAUUCCAAUUUUACUAGGGCAUCCGAUUCAAAUCUUAUGAAUACCAAACAAACUAUUGUUAACUCAAUGAAAAAUAGAGCCUCUUACCCCUCAAGGAGAACUGAGAGUCCAUUGAAGUACUCUUCAGGAAUGCCAAUUGAGGAAGAACAACGAUGGGAAUAUAAAAUUACUAAGGACAAUGGAAGAAAUACUGAUAUACCACAAUUACCAUCAAAUCAAUGCCAAAUAGAUAGCCCUGUUCCAGUAAGAUCCCCUUACAACAAAUUUGUAAGUCCACACAGCUUUUAUGCCGGUGGAAGGAAUAUUUCUCCACCAAUGAAUGGAAAUGUGGAUAUGCUGGCACAGAGACCUUCUACCGAAGUUGUUAGCUUGACAUCGUCAGAUAAUAAGAUUGAUAACGCAGUUGUAAUAAAAAGGAGUUCUACUGCUAAUCCAAUUUUGAGAGGUAGUUCUUCUGAGAAAGAAAACAAGGAAUCGUCCAACAAGCUGAUUGGCUCUACAGUAACAGAGAAAACAUCAAGAACAAAACGUAACAGUAGUGGGGUUUACUCUCUCUUAAACGGAACAAUCAAAGAAGAGAAGGCUAACGAAACAUUUAUAGAUACAGAUUCUCAUGUUGAUAAAAAAAUCAAACUUUGA